AUGCAGAUGGCUGAUCAAGAUAGAAGUAAAGAAAGAGCUUCCAAGAAUCGUCAUUCAAAACAUUCCAAACGUUUAAAUAUGAAUUCUUCUAUUCUAUUUCAUACUGGGACAUCUCAACGAGCACCAAUUUCUAGGACAUUGCAUGAUACAACGCUACAUGAGACAUCACACAUUGCACCUCAACAUAGUACAUCUCAUGUUGUAUCUCCUUAUACAUCUAGUGUUCCACCACCGUCUAAUGUGCCUCGAGCUCCUCCUUCUAAUACAUAUCAUGUAGAACCUCCCCAUAAAACAUUUCAUGUUCCACCUCCUCCUAAGACGUCUCGUGUUCCUCUUCCUAAGACGUCUCGUGUUCCUCCUCUUAAGACAUCUCACGCAGCACGUCCUCCUAACACAUCUCAUGCUCAAACUCCAUAUAACACGUCUCAUGUUGCUCCUCCAUCUAGCACAUCUCAUGUUGCUCCUUCCAGGCCAUUUAAUGUCACACGUACUCAUGUUGUGCCUCCUACUAGGACAUCUACUAUCCCAUCAACUAGUGCAUCUCACGUAACACCUCCUUCUAGGACAUCUCAAGACACACCUUCACCUUAUAUAAGAGGGGUAGUAUCACCAUCCAAUUCACAACCUUCUCAUUCCGAAGAGGAACACACUCCAAGAUCUAGUGAAACUGUUGUGGCAUCUGAGACACAAAGCAAUAACUUCAAGAGAACUCUAUACCUUGACGGAAACGGAUUUUUGCCUUCACAUCCUGCUGCUAAAGAGAUAGGAGAUAUCAUGAAAAGUAAUUAUUUUGAAGCAUGGCACUCGUGGAAAAAAAUUGACAUUAAAAAGAGAGACAUAUGGUUUGCUGAAUUUCAGAUAAAUGAUAUAAGAAUUGUGAUAGAAACAACCCCCUCCCUCCCUGGGCAGACUAGCUGA